AUGGGACAAGCCAAGAUCUACUAUGACUCUGACGCGGACUUAGGUGUCCUGAGCAACAAGAAAAUUGUAUUCCUCGGCUUUGGAAAUCAGGGGUCUGCACAAGCGCAGAACUUACGCGACAGUGGCAUCCCUAAUGAUCAAAUCUUGAUUGCCAACCGGGUAGAUUCGUAUGCUGAGACUGCGAAAGCCAAAGGCUUUCACGUCGAACACGACUUCGCAACAGCUGCUGAAGUUGCAGAUGUGCUUUUUAUCCUGAUACCAGACCAGGUUCAACCCCGCGUGUUCAAUGAGCAAUUCUCGCCCAAGUUGAAGAGUGAUGCCACCAUUGUUGUUGCUUCCGGGUACAAUGUUUUCUUCAACUUGUUAAAAUUCCAGCCAGGGCAGGAUGUUGUUAUGGUUGCGCCACGGAUGAUUGGCUCUUCAGUGCGCUCUCUCCACCAGAAGGGCCGUGGUUUCCCUUGCUUUGUUUCCGUCGAGCAGAAUGGAACCGGCAAAGGCUUGGAUGCAGCUCUUGCACUUUCCCGUGCCAUUGGUGCAACCAAACAGGGAGCUAUUGCUUCGUCAGUGCGGGAAGAGACUAUGAUGGAUCUCAUGGCUGAACAGGCGCUCUGGCCCAACAUUAUUAUGAUGUUCAGGGAAGCUUUCAAUGUCCUAAAGGAUGCUGGAUGCUCGGACGAGGCCCUUUGCUACGAAAUGUGGAUGUCGAAAGAACCUGCAGAGAUCUUCGAGCGAGCCGCAGAUGAUGGUUUCGUCGCACAGCUCAAGCACCACUCUACUGUCUCCCAGUAUGGUCAACUGAGUGGUUCACUCAAGCUCGAAGGAGGAGCCAUGCGGGAACACUUCAAGGACAUUCUGUACAACCAGAUAUUGAGCGGCAAGUUCUGUGAGGCUUUCAGCCAAAUUGAGGACGAUCUCGACAAGGAAGGUGAUACGAACCCCCUGAAUGAGCUGUAUAAACGAUCAGAGGAGAUGGAGCUCGUCAAGGCUGAGAAGCGCGUCAGAGCAAGGUUGGCUGGGCUUUUGUAG